UUUUUCAAAUUUUGAAAUCGUUAACGCUUCUCUGUCGUAUUUGUAACCAGUGCAAGUUUUCUUUGUGAUUUUCUAGAAAACCCUGCAAAGUUAUUGGUUUGUGUACAUCGCACUUGUAUUAUUGCUAAUUGCAAAUUCGAGAAAGUAUUGGUUUUCUUCUCAAACGGGCGCAUUGUUAUUUUGUCGGCGUUUUGAAAUAUUGUGAUUGUCAUCACCAUGUCGAGUAGGGAUAUUUAUUACUCUGAGAAAUACUACGAUGAAGAGCACGAAUACAGGCAUGUGGUACUGCCGAAAGAGAUGGUGAAGCUGGUUCCUAAGAACCACUUGAUGUCAGAGCAAGAGUGGCGCGGCAUCGGAGUGCAGCAGAGUCAGGGGUGGGUGCACUAUAUGACGCAUCAACCUGAGCCCCACAUCCUGUUAUUUCGACGAAAGAAAGAAAAGAAGUGAACAAAAAUAAAGCAAGUGAUGCAAGAUGUAAAUGUAUAGCUUUUAACUGAUAUUAGAAUUAAUACUAGCUUUAAUUAAUGCCCAUAACUAUCAAUUGUGAAUCUCCUGCUUUUCAUACAAGCAUUUUCUAUGAUCUGAAAAACAAUAUGAAAUUACCACAGACUUCAAAGAGUUGAUGUUUUCAACAACCAAUAAAAAAUAUGUAGAAGUACAGACAGUCUUGAAAUUUCUUUAUCCAAACUUCAAAACAUUUUGUACAUAAUAAAUAUUUCAUAUUGUUUUUGUGGUCUCUACAUAUCAAAUCAGUUAAUAAUAUGUUACUUGUUGUCUGGCACUAGCAACUAACACUGUAUAGUAUACCUACUAUCAAUAUUAUUUUAUGGGCUUCACUGAUCUUAUUCCGUACUUAUUAAGUUUUUGUGAAGAAGCAUGGAUCGAGAAUGAAAAUGUUUAACAAACUUUUUUUGAAUAGAAGUCAAUUUUGAACAUGUAAUUUUUCAUGUGUUCAUUGUAUUCCUUAACACAUUCCAUAAUUACAAUCAAGUUCUAGAUCAAUGCUUGCUUUUGUUUUAAUUAGUCAUUAAAUUUUAAGAAUAUCACUGACAUGACAUUGGAAUAAUAAUUUUAACAGUUAUGGAUUUGGUACAAUGCUUUUAUCCUCUUGACAUUUUAAUAUUAUGCAUUAUCAUGUAGGGUGUAAAUAAUGAAAAAGGGAUGUGUCUCAAUGAAUAACAUCUCAACCACCUAUAGUUCUGUAAUAUUGCUUAUUUUUCAAUUCAUAAAUAUUUUUAGGGUUUUUCACAUAGUGCCUUAGUAAUUAGAAUAUUGUGAUAAAUGUUUUGACUUGAGUAUGUAAAAUAUAGCAAUGAAUCAGGUCUGUGGUGGACCAAUUUGACUCUCAUUUGUUUGUGUAUAAUCCAAGACAAUCAUAUUGCAAGUUGUAUAUACAGUGGUGUAAUUAUCAGCGUUUUGGCAGCACUUUUUGUUAUCUAACACAGUAAUUGGAAUAAAUUAUUUGGUGCUAUGUUAAA